GUUGGAUCAAAAAAAUAAAACAUUGUAUCCCAAAAUUUACGGCAACAAAACCAAAUCACCAUUAGUUAGUGUAGGAUAUAUAAGUGCAUUUGAGCAAACCUUGCUAAAUACAGAUAUUUGAGAAUUGAUAGUUAUCGGUUGUGAAAUCAUCAUUUUUUUUCACCAGCUAUACCUGUAGGCUGUAAGCUAGACUAUGGCGGAGGAAGUGAAGAAGGGUGAAGUUGAAACCACCACGGCUCCACCGCUGGCUGUGGUGGCCGCAAAAGCUGAAUCCGAAGAAAAAUCUGUAGUUCCACCGCCGCCUGAGAAGAAACCUGAAGAAUCCAAAGCUCUUGCAAUAGUCGAGAAGGCUCCAGAUCAUGCACCAAAGAAAAUUUCAGGAGGAUCACAUGAUAGAGAUAUUGCUCUUGCGGAGGUUGAAAAGGAAAAAAGAUUGUCAUUCAUCAGGGCAUGGGAAGAGAGUGAAAAGACCAAAGCAGAGAAUAAGGCCCAGAAAAAGUUAUCUGCGAUCGUAGCAUGGGAGAAUAGCAAGAAAGCAGCUCUGGAAGCAAAAUUGAGAAAUAUUGAGGAACAAUUGGAAAAGAAGAAAGCAGAAUAUGCAGAAAAAAUGAAAAACAAGGUAGCUUUACUUCACAAGGAAGCAGAAGAAAAGAGGGCAAUAGUUGAAGCCAAACGUGGAGAAGAGCGACUCAAGGCAGAGGAGACGGCUGCAAAAUUCCGUGCAACAGGACAAACUCCAAAAAAGUACCUUGGUUGUUUCUAAAUUGUUUUCAUUUCAGAUUUUUGUUAUUUGCAACUCCCAGUUUUAAUCUAUAUUUUUCUAGUCUGUUUCUAAGUUAUUUUGUCUAAGAGUGGAACAUCACAAAUAUCUACUAUUAAAUGUGUUGACAUAGGAAUACAAUUUUUGUUUCUUGGAAACCA